AUGGUUUUGGCAUGUACGGUCGGCACGACAACGGAUGUAAGCGCAUUGUCUGACCAGGUAACGAAAUACCGUGCUCGCGUCGUACAAUCGGCGGACUAUGAUCAUAAACAUGUUGGCUCAAUACCGCCUAUUCCGUCGCUACUGCUCAUGUGUCUUAAGAUUGUCUCUGACUGCUUCAACCGACACCCAAAAGCGGAAAACGUGCCGCGUGAAUUUCUGCCUGAGGUCAUGGCUCGACUGCCAUUGGACCUUGACGUGUGCUUGACUGCGCCAAAUGUGACUGAUGAGAACUACUGGAAGCGCUGUUGCCUGAGUAAGAAGCAGUGGAAGAACAUUCAGAUUACUCACCACGGACUCACGUGGAAACAGCUUUUUCUUGAGAAGCAUUUGCAGGAUCUUCUUGAAAAUUUUGAUUUCUCUAUCCAUGACUUAAGUCACGUUAUGGCUAUUGUAAAUGCUUCGAGCGAGUACAUCUUCACGCUAGAGAUUGACCAACUGUUAUCUCACCUUGAUUUGAAUCAAGUCUGCUCUCAGCUGUGUAACUUGACCAAACUUCGAUUGGUAUACGGAGUAAAGCAGAUUGGCAUGAAGUACGAGCGUAUGCUUUUCGGAAUGAAGAUAUCGGAUGCAACAAAUUUGUCACAUCUUUUAACGAUGUCAAGCUCACUUACAGCAUUGCUGCUACCCAGCAAUCUUCUGGACGAUGAUUUGUUGCGGAUGCUUAUGACUGGACUAGUAAAUGAUACAAGCAUCACUUCUCUGGAUCUGUCGCACAAUAAGAUUACCGAUGACGGCGCGAGACUGCUGUCCAAGCUUCUUGGGCCUAAUUGUGUAAUCACAUCUCUAAAUUUGUGUGAUAACCAGAUACACGCCGAAGGGGGGCGGUACCUUGGUCGCGGACUUAAGUACAACACCAGCCUUAUAGAAUUGGAUCUUCGAAUGAAUCGCCUAACAGACGACGGAGGGCGGAUGCUGCUGGAAGGCCUAGACUCUAAUGCAUCGCUAAGUAAUUUGAACCUGAGCAGCAACAUGUUAGGCAGAGAAACUGCUGAAGUCCUGGCUCGAAUAUUAAGCGACACAAAAACUGCACUUCGAUCGGUAGAUCUGAGCAGCAACGCAUUUAGUGAAAAUGAUGGGAAUUUGUUACUUCAAAGCUUGCAGCAAAAUACAUGUAGCACUAUCAUUGGUCUCGACUUGCGGCAAAAUACUCAGAUUUCUGCUGACUCCGAUUGCAUAGCGCAGAUCGCUAACAAACUUUGGGAAAACGAAAUGAAAUUUAUGACUUUCUCCUCGGCAGAAAACGACAAGUGCAGCGUUUAG